AGAACUACAGUCAUAUAAAGUAUUAUAGAGCAAAGCUAUAUGCGUUAUCGUGAUCAGAACAGUGAUUGUAGAAUUAAAUCUAUAAGCAAUUUUAAGUAAAUGUUCUGUUAUUAAUCUGUCUGUGAAUUUCUGAAACCUGUUGAAUAAAAAAAUAUUUAAAAAAUGCCGAAGGGGAAAACAAAGAAAUUCAUUGAUAAAAAAAAUUCAGUAACAUUUCAUUUAGUUCAUCGAUCACAAAGAGAUCCAUUAAUCGCCGAUGAAACAGCACCAGAACGCGUGCUUGUACCUGUUGGACAUACACAAGCUUCUAAACUCGAGAAAAAGAAAAUAGAUGAUGAUAAGCGUAAAGAGGAGCAGCGAAAAUAUGGGAUAUAUUUUGAUGAUGAUUAUGAUUAUUUGAAACAUCUUAAAGAUGUUAAUUCUUUGACAGCUGAAUGGGAACGCGUAGAUUGUACAACUUUAAAAUCAAAUGAUCAAACAAAUAUGCCAAAAAUUAAUUUACCAUCCUCUGUAUUUGCUUCAAAUGUAGAAGAAAAAAUUGGUCUUUUAAAUAAAGCAGCUCCAGUUUCAGGGUUGCAACUAGACUUAGAUCCAGAUAUAGUUGCUGCUAUGGAUGAUGAUUUCGACUAUGAUGAUCCAGAAAAUGAAUUGGAUGAUAAUUUUGUACAAUUAGCUAAUGCAAUCAAUAGCGAUAAUGAAAUUUCACAAGAAGAAAGUGAUCAAGUAUCUGAUGUUUCAUCUGAGGGGCAUAUGGAAUUAUCCGACGAAGAACGAGAUGAAGUGUGUAGUUUAAAUAGAUCUGAAUAUACCUUUCAAGAAGAAGAAACAAAAUCCCGUUUUACAGAAUAUUCAAUGAGUAGUAGUGUAAUAAGAAGAAACAAGCAACUUACUCUUCUUGAUGAUAAAUUUGAAAAAAUGUAUAUAGCAUACGAUGAUGAUGAAAUUGGCGCAUUAGAUUGUGAUGAAAUUGAAGGACAUAUUGCACCAAAUUCAGAUUUAGUUCUUCAGUGUGCAGCAGAAUUUGAACAACAGCAAAACGAAGAUGCAGAUAAUGUUGCACAAUUGAUAGAAGAUAGAAUGAGAAUUUUGGACAAGGAGUAUUCUAGCUCCGAGGAUGAAAGUCAUUUAGAAGAACUUAUAGUUAAUACAAGAGAGAAAGAUAAAUGGGAUUGUGAAAGUAUUAUUAGUACAUACAGUAAUAUUUACAAUCAUCCAAAGUUAAUUUCUGAACCCAAGUAUCCACGAAAGAUCAAAGUCAAUCCAAAAACAGGUAUACCAGAAAAUGUUUUAGAUGGGUGUCUUGGAAAAUUGACUGCUAAAACAUUGGCUCAAUUUGAUCAGCAAAAUGAAAGUUGUAAACCAAAAUAUCCUCAGUCUAUUGCAGAAACUAUGAAAUCUACCCUAAGUACAUUAAGUAUAAGAUCUAAAAAUGAAACUACGGAAGAAAGAAAACGAAGAAAAAGUGCACUUAAAGAAUAUAGAAGAGAAAGGCGAAUAGAACGGAAGGCAAAUAGUGAAGCGUUUAAGGAGGAAAAGAAACGCCAAGAAAAAAUAUUAUUAAAUAACAGGCAAAAUAUUCAAGGAAAUAGAAUACUUUAACAUGUAAAUUUCCUGUUAUAUAUCUUUUUAAUAAAUUAAUAAUAAAUAAAUUAAUUUACACACUACGCGUAUAUUGUUUACAAUAUACGAAAUGGAGCGAAAUCCGUGAUAUAAAAUAUAAAUGAGGAAGAUUUUAUAGCUCAUAAUAAGGCGAACAUCAAGAAUAAUAAAGUUGCGUUGGAAACCUACUUCUGCCAGCCAUGUUAUUUUUAAGUUCCACUUUUCUCUAGCGAAUGUCCGGAAUCGAGGUCCAGACUUCUUUAUAUCUGGGACAUAGAUGUACCGCCUACACUUAUAUACGAAUAUAUAUAUCCCUAUGUCCAUAAGCAGUUUAUAGCAUGCAUGAAUGUUAAUUUGUUAGAUUUUAACCGCCAUCUAGAUACAUGAAAAAAGUACAUGUAGCGGCGGAUUUAAAUCAAAACGAAACGAAAACAAUGUCAAACUGCGUGCAAGAUUCGUCACGGCGAUGCUAUAGGCGAAAGCUAUUUCUCUAGCUACUGAAUAUUAUUAACAUAAGUAAAAAAACAGUUUCACUAUACAUAUGUACGGUAUUUCUAUGGGAAAUAAAAUACAUAUCUGUAAAUAUAGGACAAUAUAGCUGUUUAUCAACAGUUAUAAAUAUUUUAUUUUCGAUUAUUGUACAUAUUUGUAAUAAAAAAUGCAAGUAAUUAAA